AUGCAAAAACGCUUUUUCGCUAGAAAUGGUACUUCAAUGAAAGAGAAACAGGGCCGUGAGAUUGAUGCUGACAAACCUGUUCCCUCGGCUGAAGAAGUGGGGCCAGCGAAAGUUUGUGGUUCCACCACACCCGUGAACUCAGGAGUGCAAGAUGUAAAUGCGAUUAAUGUUCUGGCGGUAAAUUUCAAGGAUCUAUCGAUGAUGCUUGUGAAUGAGAUAAAGCAAAUAUUAGGAGAGAAGGGAGAGAUAAAGCAAAUCUUAGGCGAGAAGGAAAAAGAGAUAAAGCAAAUAUUAGAAGAAAAGAAUGCAGAGAUAAAGAAGAUGGAUGAAGAGUUAAUAAACCUAUUGCUUGAAAAAAAGGAUGAAGAAUUCGAGUUACGUGAGCGCACAACAAGACUGUUCAAACUCCAAAACAUCUGUAACAUUUCUUCCAAGACCGAAAAUAAACCUUUCACGUUGCGCGAACCUGUUGAUAAGAUAUUACAGCGGUUGCAUGAACAAAAAAUUUUUAAGAAAUGUCUGCAGAAGACGUGCGAGUUGAAUGACGUGCACCUAGAAGCUGUGAAGAAAUAUCUUGUUGGCCUUUAUCAUACUUCAUCAAAAGGACUGCAUGGUCACGGGGAUGAGAUCGUGGUUUGUGCAAAAGAUUGGGAAGUGAAUGAGAUGAUUGCCUUGUGUGUCAUUUCAUUUAUUGGGAUAAGUUUGAAAGAGAGACAGUUAUCCAUACAAGUUAGCAUGAUAUUAAUCGUGUUAUCUCAACCCACAACACUUUAA